AUUUGAGUGAUUUCUAUGAAAUAUUCUUCGAAUUUGUUUCAAUAUAAUAAUUUCGAGAUCACUAUUGUAACCAAAUAUUAAUUAUGAAUCAGUUACCACUUCCGAUGCCUUUAGAGGAAAUAAAACCUGAAAUUUUAGUUUACGGCCCGAAUGGCGGCCAACCGUUUGUUGUGGCACUGGAUAUGAAUCCCCAAAAGGCUGUGACAAAGCUGAAAGACGUCGGACUUUUAUCGUUACCACGAAUUGUGUUCAUUACUCAUGGCUUUUGGGGCAAUAGUCAAACAAAAUGGAUGCAUGAGAUGAAGGAUAAGAUGUUGGAAGAGUCGGAACAGACGAUAGCAAUCGUAGGCUGGGGUAAGGGCUCUGAAUUGGCGGCUUUCAAGUACUCACAGGCGGCCGUCAAUGUCGAGCCUAUCGGUGUAUGGCUGGCCGGCUAUGUCCUCGAAAUCAAGAAAAAGAUAGGAAUGAAAAUCAAGAUCUGGGGAAUUGGUCUCGGAUUGGGCGCACACCUCAUGGGAAUUGCCGGAAGGAAUAGUGCUGUCAAAAACUGUGCCUCUUUUGCCAGAAUUACUGGUUUAGACCCUGCUGGACCAGCAUUUGAAAAAAUAAAUGACAAGAAUAUGUUACGUAAAACGGAUUCUCAAUUUACAGAUGUCAUCCAUACUGAUAGUUACCACAAAUAUCGAUCACCCGAUUUAGUGUCACUAAUCAACCACUACGGGACACUCAGACCAUUGGGUUCUUUGGAUAUAUAUGUCAACUACGGCUACGAUCAGCCAAAUGCCGGCGUUCAUUUGGACUCUUCGUCGUCUUCCUCGUCAUCUAUCACUUCAAACUCGUCGUCCGACUGUUCCGACUCUUGGGGCGCCUGUCUGUUGAUAAUCAUAUGGACGGCCUCGUCGUCGUCAUCGCUGGUGUCGUCAUCACUGGACUCAUCGGUGGUGUCGUCGGUCUUCUCCUGUUCGAUGAUGUUCUUCACCUCAUCCACGUUCACAUUCAGUUCAUCCCAAUCGAUGUUAUCGACGCCCUCUUUCUCGAGCUCACAGAUGAGGGCAUCGAUCUCGUCGUCCUCUUCGAGUCGGUCGAGCCCUACGUCAGCCUUAGUGUUGGAUCGGAUUAGCUUCAAGAUCUGA